AUGGCUGCUAUGGAAGCUGCAAAUGCCCAUUAUCAAAAUGGGCAUCACCAGCAAUCCGGGCCGCCCCUGCCUGCCUCGCCUACACUUACAAACCCCGACAUGAUCCUCCCCGACUACGAGCGCAGCGAUUCCCCUGACACUCUCGACCUGAACCGCGGCCAUCCAUCUUUGGAGAUGUGGAAAAAUACUCAGCCUGCGGCGGCUUCCAGCAUACACCACAUGUUUACCGCGACUUCCAUGGGCGGCCCCCCAUACAGGCCUGUCGGCCCCAUAACCCCCACAACGCCCAUCAUCUAUGGGAACGGAACUAUGCUGUCAGACAUUGGCGAGGUGACAGAGGUAGAGAGCACGAUAGAGGAGAAGCCCUCUCCUCCCCGGACGAAGCCGUCUUCAGGACGAAGAUCAAACUCCCCGGGGCGCACUGGCGACAAUAACGAAGCGCUGAGGCCCUCUCCCACAAGGAAGGGAACACCCACGUUACGAAAGUCCAAGCAGAGUUUGAGGGCUGCGCGUGAGCGGCGAGACAGCAUAGACAGCAAUAGUACCAUCACGGAAAACCACAAGGCCCAUUAUGCCGACAUCGACGAUUCCGCGAGCGUAGGCGACAGCGUUUUCCAGGGCGAUGACGAGCAGAGCGUUGCGUCGUCGUACAUGGAAGGGACCGAUCCCAACCGGCUAGGGGCUUCCAAGAUCGACAACUCGGACCGCCUGUCGACCUACUCGACCAGCUCACUUAGUCGCCGCGCAGAGGAAAUCCUUGCCAAUGCGAAGAAAAGACUUUCGGCAAUGGAGGGCAAUUUGAACCGGGCACGGAGCACGUUAUAUUCCACGAGUCGCUUUGGUCUUAAUAGCGCGACUUCGUCGACCACUGUCUCUCCAUUCCAGCGCACCGUCUCGGCUACUUAUUCACGCAACAGCAGCGUGGAUUCCACCACGUCAAGCUCGAAUCAACCGACCGCUGGGCAUACCAGAAUGUCCAGUGACAUCGCGAUGCGUAACGGUCUUCCCUAUCGCGUGUCUAUUCCAAGGUCUCAGAGCGCUCUUGGCGCUGCUGGCGGUUACAGGCAACCUUUGACAACCUCCAAGAGUUCCGAUCAUAUCCGCCAGGAGCUGGGUUACGAGUCCAGCUAUUCUUCUCGCACGUCGAGGUCUUCGAUCAGCGUGAGAGAACCGGGCGUGAAACCCCUUACGGAGGAGGAGGUCCGGCGGCUCGGAGAAGCGGACCCAGCUACCCAGAAUGCAAGGCUCGAGGCUUUUCUCAAUCCGGAUCCUACCCACGAAAGUACCCCGAGACACCCCUUGCGAUCCCCAACUGCUGCCCAGGUGCAAGACAUCAAAGAACAAAUGAGAGAUUUGAAGGGCAAGAUCUCCACGUUACGAGAGCAGGCCCGAGCCGACAGCUUGAAAAGGCGAAGUCUCCAAAGCCUGCGUACUCCUAGCCCGUUUACACAUUCUCAAUUAGAACAGUGGUAUGCGGAGCCUCGGUCAAACAGAGCUUCAGUACUUGGCCCGAGCAGCUUCUCAAACCGCAGCUUCUGGAACAGCGAAGAUUCCAGCGUCACCAGUGAAUUCAAGGAUGAUUUUUCUCAGUCUGCAGACCAACCCACUCGGCAGACUCAAUAUGUUAAGAGCGAGUCUACCUCGAGUCUAGAGAGUCCCGCCAGCGCCAUGCCCGAUGUCUCCUCCCCUGUUUCAUUCAGGGGAUCCGAGCCGGGACUGCAUAGUGAGGCAAACGAGGAUUAUUCCGAUAUGGCCACCGAGAAUGGAGAAUAUGAUGAGAACACAGACGAACAGGCUCAAACUGCCGAAGAAGGUCCCGCUGACAGCGUCAGUGAGAGCGGGGAGUCCCUUUACCAUGACGCAGUCCAGUUCCAAAUCCGACACGAAGACCGUGAGGAUGCUUUUGAUUAUGAACAUUUCUUCCUCCACAGCGCCAUGGGCACGAUGAGUCAGGAGCUUAUGAGAAGAAGGGACAGCACAAGCAGCUAUUCUUCUGAAGGUUCAGUUGAAACCACUCGAGGGCCCGUAACGGUCAGCGAAACAGAGAGUGAGACCUACGCGCCGCGUCGGAGAAAUAGCGAUGCUUCCGUGUCGACAUUCGAAACUUUCGCUACGGCUCAAGAGCGCCAUUCUAUCAAGUCGCCGCAGUUCGAUGAGUCCUCUCGUGCUGCGUCGGUUCAGAGUGUUCGGUACCGAUCCGGCAGUUCGGCAGCCGCGAAGCGGCUGUCUCUUCCCGCUGCUUCGGCUUCUCACCAACCGGGGGCCCGUGAUAGCGACGGCUCGAUCUCGCCUAUUGCCGAAGAAACAAGCUCUUCACCCCAUGUCCAUACAUCAACCCGCCGUGGCUCGGUAAUUCACCGUCCUAUCUCAGCUCAGGCUGCCAUCCGUGGCUCGUCAUCUAUUGCUUCCUUCGACUCCGUCGGUACAAAUCGCAGCUUUCCCCUCGUCAACAAGCCAUCUGUUUCGAUCCCACCACGUGCAGCCUCAGCAGCAGCGGUGGCACGGGGUCACAGCCAUAGUGGCAGUACCACCACUGCGAAGAAGGCCCACAGCACCGGCGUGCUGACCCCACGUGGUGGGUCUAUGUCUUCAGGGUCAUCCCGCGGCUCACGAUCUCGCGAUGAUGACAACGAGGAUGAUGACGAUGAUUGGAGGAGUGUUACUGCUCGACUGAUGAGUGAAGCCAUUGCCCAGCUCAAUAGACAGCAGCUGCGGAAGAAGCAAGGACACGUUGCCCAGGGAUCUGUUUCGUCAUCAGCUGCUGGCGACCGCAACGCUUCAACUCGUGGUGAAAAAGAAGAAAGCACUGAGAGGGAGAAGCAUGAUCUGUUGGCAGGCUUGCCCCGUGAAGACAGCUCGGAAAGCCGAAUGUUUAGAAGAAGAAUUGAAGCGGCGAGAAGAGCUCUGGAAGGCUACGGGCCUGGCUUGGACAAUAGCGCUAGCGUUGGGUAUACUCCCAGCACCUCUACCCUAGCGGAUCUUGACGGAGCGGAAGAAGGUUCCCCUUCAUCAGGAAACGGACAGUGA